AUGACUUGCUACAUCGUCUUCUUUGUCUGUGUUUCAGGUCCGGCUGCAGUCAGUAAUCUGACCGUCACCUCGGCCAACACCUCUGCGCUCUCGUUCUCCUGGCUUCUCUCUGACGGCCACGUCGACAUUUAUGACCUGACGCUCUACAGCGUCGUCGAGGCAACAGCCAAUCACAGGCAGGACGCUGCAGGAAGCAAGAAGGAGCAUCACCAGGCGUUGGGUGAGCAGGUGGACCUGCAGAAAGUUGGUCCGGCUGCAGACAGCUGUGUUUUCUCCGGCCUGCGAGCAGGAAGUCUGUACAGACUGCAGGUGGUGAGCUGGAGCAGAGGCAUGAGCAGCGACUCCUCCGUGCUCGCCAGAACUGUCCCGUCUUCAGUGUCGUCUCUUCAGGUUCAGAGUUCAGGACGGACGGACAGACUGACGGUCAGCUGGCAGCACGGAGAGGGAAGCUGGAGCAGUUAUCAGGUGGUAUUGUACGACGUUUCUGGAGCCACUCUGGGAGCUCAGACGCUCGGGGCAGAUCACAGGAGUCACACGUUCUCUGGGCUCGUCCCUGGUAGGCUGUACCGUGGUGAGGUCAUAACACACAGCGGGGAACUGACCAAUAACGUCUCAGCCUUCGGACGCACCACUCCGGAGCCGCCCACCCACCUAUCUGUCAAACAAGGCCCGACCAAUGACACGAUAGAGCUGACGUGGUCUGGUCCUGCCUCUGGGGACUACGACAGUUUCAGCCUGCAGUGGAGCCCUCCAGACCCCAUGUCCAUCACACAGACUCACCUGACCAGCCGCAUCCUGGGUGGGAUGUUUCCGGGGCGACAGUACAACUUCACCGUGGCGACCGUCAGCGGGGGUGGCGCCCGGGGUGGCCCCAUGGUCAAGAGCCAGACAAUCCAGAGGAACGUCAGGACAAGUCCAUCUCCCCUGAAGUCCAUCCACUGCUUCCCUCUCUCGUCCUCCUCCCUCUCCUGCUCCUGGUCGCCUCCUCUCUCCGACUUCGACUCCUAUGAGGUCGAGUGUCGUCGCCACGAUGACGGGGAGCUGACCUCUGCCCUGCGUCUGGUCGAGGGCGUAACCGCGGUAACGCUGGACCACCUGGAGGCAUACAGGAAGUACUCUGUGACUGUCAGAGUGUCGUCAGCCGGACAGACAAGUCCACCGGCAACACACACCACCGUCACCAUGAUCGACC